AUGUUUGGCAUUAAGGUUUUACGCAGCUCGGUGCGAACGAGGCGACUUUUUAGAGCCCGGUUUCACCAAUUGGUGCCAAUGCAGUCUAAAUCUACAAAUCCAGCAAUGCAAUUCCCGUGUCUUGACAAAAUGGAGGAAUUGUCAGAACAGCUCAGAAAUAAGCACGGCAGCUGUCCGAGAGUAGAUGCUACGUCAUCUCCGAAUAACGAGCCAAAUUACGGACGGGUGCGAUCGGGUUUCAAAGUGUACAAAUCGGACCAACCACUGUUUUUGGAUUACGGCGGGGUUCUGCCAAAGUUCCAGAUAGCAUACGAAACCUGGGGAAAUCUCAAUAGUGACAAGUCAAAUGCGGUGCUCGUACACACGGGGCUGAGUGCGUCUUCACACGCUAAAUCUUCACCGGACAAUCCGCAGCCAGGCUGGUGGGAGAAGUUUAUAGGUCCUGGAAACGCCAUGUUGGACACGAAUGAGUUUUUUGUUAUUUGCACUAAUGUGCUUGGUGGCUGCUACGGCUCUACAGGACCAUCCUCCCCGGACCCAGCUGACAACUCGCCGUAUGCAACUAGAUUUCCAAUGCUCAGUAUCCAGGACAUAAUAAGAGGUCAGCAAAGGCUUGUUGAAGAAAAUUUCGGCAUCGAAAAGCUAUAUGCUUCCGUUGGAUGCUCUAUGGGUGGCAUGCAGUCGUUAGCAUACGCCCAGCAAUUUCCGCAAGGCGUGGAAAAGGUAGUAACGGUUUCUGCUUGCGCCAGAUCGCACCCAUCCAGCAUUGCUAUGAGACAUGCCCAAAGACAAGUACUCAUGGCUGACCAGCACUGGGCACGAGGAUUUUACUACCCAACGCCAGAUGAACCUAACAAAAUUCUCCCACAUGUUGGCAUGAAGCUGGCGCGAGAAAUUGCCACCGUGACUUACAGAUCGGGACCCGAAUGGGAAUCCAGAUUUGGUACCGAGCGUCUAAACGACGAUAGGCCUCCAGUUCUGUGCCCUGACUUCCUAAUUGAAACCUAUCUCGAUCACCAGGGCGAGAAGUUUUCCCUAGAGUAUGAUCCCAACUCUUUUUUGUACCUCUCAAAGACCAUGGACUUGUUUGACCUUUCCAAAAGCCACCAGGACAGAAGUAAUCGCAGAAAAGCAGAAGCUCAGCGGCUGCUGGAGGAUGGAGACUCGUCUGAAAAACCAGUAAGGCUUUGUGAUGAACCAUAUGAGCCGAUCAAGAAAAGAAGAACCACCACUGUUGAAGAAUCCCGUGAGGACCUUCGAAAGGGCAUGGAGUCAAUCAAGGAUAAGAACUUACUGGUUGUAGGAGUCAAGUCUGAUGGUCUUUUCCCUUACUGGCAGCAAAGGGAAAUUGUCGACUUGCUAGGAAACGGCCAGAACAUUGAGCAUGUUGAGCUAGACGAGUCCCAAUCUUUGUUUGGGCACGACACCUUUCUUCUCGACUUGGAGCACGUAGGAGGGAGUAUAGGAAAAUUUUUGAGAAAGGGUCAAGUAGCAGAGCUGAAUACGAUUUGA